AGAAAAAACAAAUGUGGCAAGCAGAAAACGCAGGACCACAGUUGGAAGAGGUUUCUGAAGAGGUGGGAGCUAUAUCUCUUAUUUAUGUAGACGGAAGAGGAGGUUACCUACCAUGUGAUGAAAAUCCCUACCAUUAGAGAGGUAACUUUUUAAAGUGGAGACCGGUGGCCUGUUUGGGGCAGUUCCCCUCUAGAGGGAGAAUUUGUCUCUGAAGUACCAGGAGACUGGAGGAGAUUUUCCUGUGCCUUUCCUGCCCAGACACCAGCCCAGAACUCAGGUGACUUCAGGAGCGUUCACAUCCUGUUUGGAAGCAAAGUCUGCAAAUUGUUUAAUAGGCUGAGCCUUGAUACCCCCAUCCCUCUCAGCUCUAUCACAGGUCUGCUUUGCUGUUUUCUCUUGGCUGUGACAUUCCGCCUGAUGGUCAUUAUAAUAGCAGUUCACCACUAGUACAAACAAGAGUACCAUAUAUAAAUUCUGUGCACGGUUUACCAAUAUCAUCAAAAAGUUAUAUUGUUCUACUGUUCUCAUUCUGUACUUGAUCAGCAUCAUAAUCAUAUCAACAUCUUAAUUUCUGGCCCAAACCAACCACAGAACCAUUGUUAGCCCCUUAUACUAUCCAUUGUCACCAAGAGUCCAUUUGCUAGAGCUUGUAGUGAUAUUUUAUCUAUUUAGAAGAGCACUGCAGCAUGGAUUCGGUGUCAGUUCCUGUACUCAUUGAUGGACUUGUUGCUUGUGUAGCCCAGUUAAUAAGAAUAGCUGAUGAGCUUUUACAAUUCAUUAUACAAGUACAAGAAGUUCCUUAUGUAGAAGAAAAUGGUAGAGCAGAAGAGACUGAAGCAGAUGCACCUCUUCCUGAGGAGCCUUCACUACCAGAUCUCCCUGAUCUCUCAGACUUAGACUCAAUACUUACACCAAGAGAGGAUGAAGACCUAAUAUUUGAUAUAGAUCAGGCUAUGUUAGACAUGGAUAACUUAUAUGAAGACACAGUCUCUGGUAUAAAUGAUGACUUAACAAGUGACUAAGACCCAAUUUCUGCCCCCGCCCCCAGGGAUGUGAAAACUGAUCAUUUCUCUGUUUCAAUAUAUUCUUAUUUUCUGUAUAUUAGCAAUAUGUUUUCUCACAGUUCUGCACAUUUUCAUUACUAAUAACCCAUAUAACAAGUAAGAUUUGAUUUACUUCUAGCAAAAGCUGAUCUUUUUUCCUCUUUGUUGUUAUUCACAAAGUUCUGGCUUUUGCCAUGUAGGUCUGCCUUUACCUGUACUUACUGUCAUGCUAGAAUUUUUGAUGAUGGGAGCAAACCAUAGUAAAGAAAAGAAAUUCCUCACCUAAUUAUGGAGGGGAGAACUGACAAACUCUAUCACAUCUUGGGACUCAUUUCACUGCUCUCCAAUGAAUGGAAAUGAAAAGGGGAAUAUCCCCCAGGGUAGCAUCACAGUAAAUGAAUACAUUCACAUUAACAAGACAAUGUUGGGAUGCUUUUAUUUGAAAGGAUAUAACUCCUAACUUAUCCUUUUAGAGAGCAUGUGUCCAACUAAAAAUGCUAUAGCAGACUAAGGGAGGUAAUUUUAAAAGAGCACUAUCUACCAGAUAAUAAAAGUGCAGAAAGGUUUUCAAAUGACUGUUGCCAAGGAGAAAACUGAAAAAGCUGGGACCAAGAGUUCCAAUGCAGGACUGUUCUUGCACAUUCGGACCACAUUGCAGCUACUUUGCACUAUUAUUCCCCAAAUGGAAAAGGCACACUAUACCAAAUAAUCAGACAGAAGUAAUAGAAGGGCUAAGGAAAGCCCUACAAGGACUAUUCACCAAUGGAAAGACAAACACUCACCAUAUUGGACUAGGUAUCUGUGGACUAGAUAUAGUCCUUAGGCAUCAAUGCAGGAAGAUGCUACAACCUCAUAAUAUGUGGAGCUGGCGGGCCCCUUGUUUGCCUGGGUCACCUGGACAGAUUGUACUGUAAUGGUACCCCAGGAACUAGAUAAGAUAUAUUCCAGUGUUUGCCUUGAUUCUGUAAUUGUAUGCGCUUAAGGAUUGUUAAAGUAUGACCCCUGCUCCAAGGAAUGAAUUGUUAGUAUUAAGUAUGUUUUCUCUAUGGAGCAGAAUUAGAGUUAAUAGUGAAAAGAAAUGUUUAGGAAAUAAGACAAUACUUAGGAACAAGAACUAGUGGGGACGGUGUUUUCAGGAGAGAGAAGCAAAUUAAUAAAUUGUCAACAGUUAUGGGGCUGUUUACGAUGGAAAGCCAUGAUAUGGAGUUAUUUUCUAAACAGGUUUAUGAACAAAGCCCUAUUUUUGUCUUCUGCAAAUUAGCCAAUCCUAAGAUGUUGCUAUAAAUAGCUGGUAGGCGAUUGACAUAAGUCAUAUAUCUGAAAGCUCAAUUAGAUGGAGAAUUAUUAACUAGUUUAGUCUACUGAUUGGAUGUCUCUGAUUGAAAUCCUGCAUCUCCUCCAGGAGAAUGGAGUGAGUGGCCGAUCCUUUAUGCAAAUUGGCCCUUUUCUGUAUCUUCUUAAGACCAAUGCUAAAACCAAUUAUUAUAUAGCAUGGCAGAAAAGAGACGGGCUCAUCAUUCUAAGACAAGCUUAAAGGUGUGAAAAUCAAGGAAGAUAGGCUGGUAGAUGGCGUUAGAUUAGGUAGUACAAGUUUUCAUCUCGAUUUGCUUGGGCUAAAAUAUGUGGGGAGUUGUGCCUAUAUAAAUUCUUAUGUGUGAUGAUUACUGCUAGUUAUUAUCUUAUGAUUGUUUAAAAUCUGUAUUAGCUAUUGAUCUAAACCAUUUUAUUGUUUUCUUUCAAGAGAUUUUAACUAAUAAACUUUCAUUCACAAAUCAAAAAA